CCCCGCCCCUUGUCCCUCAGCCCCGCGUCGCCUGGCCUCAGAGCUGAGCAGGCUGCGGGUGGCCCUCGUAUCUCUCGGUGACCGCCGCUGAGGCCUGCCGCAGUUGGGCUCGGACUCUGUUGCCGAGCCACCAUGUCGCAGAGCGGGGAGGAGAACCUGCAGGGUUCUUGGGUAGAACUGCACUUCAGCAAUGGGAAUGGGAGCAGUGUUCCAGCCUCUGUCUCUAUUUAUAAUGGUGACAUGGAAAAAAUACUGCUGGAUGCCCAGCAUGAAUCUGGACGAAGUAGCUCCAAGAGUUCUCACUGUGACAGCCCACCUCGCUCCCAGACACCACAAGAUACCAACAGAGCUGAAAUAGACACCCACAGCUUUGGAGAGAAAAACAGCACUCUGUCUGAGGAAGAUUAUAUCGAGAGAAGAAGAGAAGUUGAAAGCAUCUUGAAGAAAAACUCAGAUUGGAUAUGGGAUUGGUCAAGUCGGCCAGAAAAUAUUCCCCCCAAGGAGUUCCUUUUUAAACACCCGAAGCGCACAACUACUCUCAGCAUGAGAAACACAAGCGUUAUGAAGAAGGGAGGCAUUUUCUCAGCAGACUUCCUGAAGGUUUUUCUUCCAUCUCUGUUGCUGUCUCACCUGCUGGCCAUUGGACUGGGGAUCUACAUUGGAAGGCGUCUGACAACGUCCACUAGCACCUUUUGAUGAAGAACUGGAGCUGACUUUUGUUCACACAGUGAGGAUUCAUGUCUGAGCUGUGACAGAUAACUGAAGAACUAGCAUGAUCCUUGGGUGUCUGCACUAUGUGUGUGUAUUUGUUCUGUAAAUGCAGUGUUCCUGAUUUAGUUAGACAGAAUAGACUAAUAUCAUGACCUAUAAUUAUACCUAUGGGAUCAAUUAAUAAUAAGCAUGUCAGACUGAUACCUAUUGUAGCAUUUAUUAGUAAAUUUUCUUUGAAUAUUAGAUAUAAAUAGUAUAAAUAAUUUUAAUAUAGUAGCAAUGGUGUAUUUAAAAAUGAUCUAUAAUUGUAAUCCAGUUAAGACACUUUACACUUCAAAAGAAUGAGUAAGUGAUUAUUAAAAUGAUUAAAGGGUUUGUCCCAAAAGAAUAUUGUGGCCUUAUAAUCCUAUUACAUAGUAGAAAAUACAAAUGUAGUUAAUUAAACAGGUGUGUCUGUAAAGACCUCUUACUAUGUGAAUUAAACAGCCAGGCGAAGCUAAAAUUAUCCACAAACCCCACUGUGCAGCCUCAUUGUCUGCCAUCACCGCCUUGGGUUGUCAGUUUUGUUGCUGGCACCUUCACCACUCUCCUGCAUUUAAUCCCAUUGUUUGUAGUUAAAUUUUGUGUGCUUUUAAAAUCAGCUGUAUUGUAAGCAAAUCUGUCUUACUUUAAAAGACUGGAAAUGAAAAGAAAAUACAUCUUUGCCAAAUCCUUUGGAGAUUACUGGAUUUGCAUAUGGGUUAAUCAGUAUCCAGAGCUUCUGUUAAUCCAGGCAUAUUGUCAGUCUUCCUCUUUUCCAUAGCAUGUUUUUGAAAGGCUGCCUCCUUGACAUGCUGUAUAUAUCCAUAUAUAUAAAAACAUGUACUUGUUUCAUUGUCCCACACUUAACUCAGGUGAGUUCAAUAAAAGUAACAUUUUAACA